AUGGCCUUGAACAACAAGUCCAAGAAAACCAUUUCCCCUUCAAAUUAUUAUCUUUGCACCACCCUUUUCUUCAUUGUCCUCUUCACCAUUUUUUCCCUCCUUCACACCCCAACAUACAACACCAUAUGCACCACGACCCUUGACUCCAAAGCUAAAACUUUUUCAGGUGAUCUUCCAUUAGCUGAAUUUGCAUGGAACCACCUCCAAUUUUCUGAACACAAUCCACCACCCUUUGCUCUUAAAAUUGCUGUGUUCUCUAGAAAAUGGCCUAGUGGCACAACCCCUGGUGGCAUGGAGCGCCAUGCCCACACCCUCCACACAGCUUUAUCUCGCCGUGGUCAUCAAGUUCAUGUCUUUACAUCUCCACCCCAAGAUGGAAGCAGUUCAAUCUCAUCUUCAGUAAACAAUCAUCAAAAGGGUGAACCUUCUUCCCCUUACAUCCAUUUCCAUGAAGGUGAACCCGGUAAGUGGAGCUAUAACAAGGCAUGGGAACUAUUUGAUGAAGAAAAUCAGGUAGAACCAUUUGAUGUUGUUCACUCAGAAAGUGUAGCACUACCUCACUGGCUAGCUCGCAACCUUUCAAACCUUGCAGUGUCUUGGCAUGGCAUAGCACUUGAGAACUUGCAAUCAAGUAUUUUCCAGGACUUGGUUCUUGGACCCAAUGAGCCUAUAACCCCUUUUCUCAACAAGAGUUUACAAGAUCUUGUCCCUAAGGUGCUGAAUGAGAUAAGAUUCUUCAGGGAUUAUGCACAUCAUGUAGCUAUAAGUGAUAGUUGUGGUGAGAUUCUAAGGGAUGUCUACCAAAUUCCCACUAGAAGAGUCCAUGUAAUUCUCAAUGGGGUUGAUGAGGGUGACUUCAGAGAAGAUGUAGAAUUGGGAAGGGAACUCAGAACUAAAAUUGGUAUUCCAAGCCAUGCAAGUUUAGUACUUGGUACAGCUGGAAGAUUAGUUAAGGACAAAGGCCAUCCUCUGCUUCAUGAAGCAUUCUUGAGGCUCAUAAACAAGCAUCCUGAUGUGUAUUUGAUUGUUGCUGGUUCUGGACCGUGGGAGAAUCGGUACAAGGAUUUAGGAAGCCAGGUUGUUGUUCUAGGAUCGAUUAAUCAUUCCAUGUUAAGAGCAUUCUAUAAUGCUAUUGACAUUUUUGUCGAUCCCACACUUAGACCACAAGGGCUUGACCUUACUUUAAUGGAAGCAAUGAUGAGUGGGAAGCCUCUUUUGGCAUCGAGAGUUCCAAGCAUUAAAGGUACUAUUGUGGUUGAUGAUGAAUAUGGUUACUUGUUCUCUCCCAAUGUGGAGUCUCUCUUGGAGUCACUCGAAGCAGUGGUGAAGGAAGGACCACAGAGGCUAGCAAGGAGGGGAAAGGCUUGCCGUGAAUACGCUGCAUCAAUGUUUACAGCUAGAAAGAUGGCAUUAGCAUAUGAAAGGUUAUUUUUGUGUAUAAAAAAUCGUACAUUUUGUUCCUAUCCUUGA